CAAGGUCAGAAGUGGAGAUAUCGGCGCCGAUCAGGGAUUGUGCCGGUUUACCUACUUUUGUACUACCUGCCCACGGUACUAGUCCUAACAUCCACGCACCUUACGUGGUGGUGUGGGAGAGUAACCAUGUCGUUUUUGGGCGACCUCUUCAGUUGUGGUCGGGCGAGACGGACGCGCGAGACGUUGACGGAGCCGCUUGAAACAAACGACGCGACGCCCGAGCCCGUCAACGCGCAUGGAACUACUGCAACCACCGACCACCCCACGAUUGAGAAGCCGAACAACAUCCCUGCGUCCAAUGAAGACGGUAUCGAGCGCGUCGCAGGUCAAGUGCGAGCGGAUGCACAGCCUGAUGUCGAGAAACGUGGUAGCGGAUUAACCAAGGAUGGUGAUAUAGAGCUGGCAGUCAUCCCCGAAAAGUCGAAGCCAACUACGGGAUGGAUGGUCGAGCAAAGGGUCCUUGUCACAGCUACGCCCGCCAUCAAGCAGGACACGUCUGUGCCAGAGCCAGAGCAGGAGCCCCAAGAAAAGCAUGAGCAAGAACACGAGACUCGCGCACCUACCCCACCUGUUCGUUGCGCCACGCCUGAGCAGGAACCAUGGAACUCGACUCCGGUUGCGCAAGCAGCAGAGCCUGGAGUUUUCGACAUCGCCAUCAGUGCUCCUGUUCAGUGCGCGACGCCCGAACCAGAAACUCGUGCGACCACCCCGGAUGAAACAGCGGUUCACGAGCAGACCUCUGAGCAGGCUAUCACGCUCGUACAAGAUGAGACCUUGGAACCCGCCCUCGCUGAGCCGGUCUCGUCCACCGUUGAACUCGAUGAUGCUGUUGAGCAUGUUCCGACACCGAAGAAGUCUGCGCCAGUCCAGCUGCUUGACUUGCCACCAGAGAUAAGGAACCGCAUCUAUGAGCGCAUGAGCGAGGAGGUGCCCAUCAGGAUGUGUCGACACGACGACCCGGCGCUGGCUCAACGCGAAGGCGAACUCGCGCGCUCUCCGCGUAGACAGUACUACAACCUCACUCAGGUAUGCCAACAGAUUCGCAAUGAGUUUCUGCCGAUAUACGCGAAGAAGGCGCACUACAUCAUCGACCUUUGGAGCCAAAAGUCGAAUCUCGUCAAAGUGGAUUCUCUCAAGGGCCAAGUUUCCUUGGACAUCGAUGCGGCGUGCUUCGAUAUGGAGCCCAUCGACUUGUUGCCGCUUAUCAGAUGCCUCGUCCGCACACGCCGAACCGACUGUCGUUUCACGUCUACCGAGGGUGUAGUCUUCCGCAGUAUCUCCGAGAUCGUUGCCGAACUUAACAAGCUUCUCCCGAAUCCCGAGAACAGCAACCAAAGCUGGCUGACCGCGGUCAACGGACCAAUGAAGAGGAUUGAUUUGCAUCUAUUCCCUCACGACGACAUCCGACAAUACUAUCGAUUCCGAGGUGCUGAGCCUCUGCUGCGUGUAGUCUACCCAUCGGCCGUGAGUGAGGAGUGGAUGAAGCGGGCUUCCAAGUCGGAGGGAUAUGAAGCCUACUUACAGAAGACCGGAUUGGACAAGUUUGAGAUGCACGUUGUUGUCGGCCACGCCUCUCGACGGACUACGAACGAAGGCCGCCUGCCGCUUGAUUGGCGCAUGAGCUACCAGCUCUCGAGGCACUCAAUCGACCGCGCCCCUCGCAUGUCCAUGGAUAUUGCAGCCGCUCGCAUGUCUAUUGACAGAGCCCCGCGGAUUGCUUACGUUUUUGCACUUUUGCGUGUGAAUUGUCUGCCAUGUCAGCUGUUAUGGGCGGCCUCAUUGGAUUGUCCCUAUUUAUGUUCCUCCGUAUACCCAGAAAUCAACUUAGUGUAUUUUCGUCGUUUCAAUUAUUGUAUCAUGAGUGAGAAAAAACCAGAAGAAGAGCAGUCUGCAGCUCCAAGAUGUACGCCCAGCUACGACACCAGUGAUCCACUCCAGCAAGAGGUCACCCGCGUACUCAAAGGUUUCAAGAAUGACAUUCUCGGCAUCACAUUCCUAGGCAACGAUGGCGUCUUGCGCUCACUGACUGCAGAUCGAAAAGUGCUAUCUGCAGAAGGCCUCAGCGCUGAACUCAUCGAGGCUUUUUUGGCUCGCUUCCCAGAAGAAUACAAGGCCAAGAUGACGGAUGCUGUGUUUGCGGAUGGCACCAAGACACCGAAGGAGAAGUGGUACGAGCCAGACCCAGGGAGCCUGCCGGAGCCGUUAUCGCAGGAGGAGAUCGAAAAGGUCAAAAACCAACCCGAAGAGCGGAAGAAUAUACUGCGAAAACGGUUGCAAGAGGACAGGAACCUCUUAGAUUUGACUGGGGUGCUUGCUUGA